GAGCGGAGAGCGGAGUGGUGCGAUGAGUGGCGACGACGACGACGUCGACGUCGCGCACGUUUCUCGUGGCGAGGUGCCGACGAUGCUGCGCCGCCCCAGGUCGAGCCGUGCCGCGAAGAUCCCCGGCCGCGGGUCAACCGACGACGAGGACAUCGAUCACGCCAGUAAGGAUGACUCAAUCAGUCCGCCAAACGAGUUCGAGGAGUCGCUGCACACGAUGUCGGAUAUUUACGGACAAACGCCGCCCAGGACUCGCCUCAGUCGCAAGAAGCGGCACAUGAAGCAGAAGCUCUCGGGCAGCGAUCUCAAGUCGAUAGAGAAAGAGGCCAGGCCAAAGACGGCUAUCCACAGGCGGAACACCCUGGACACCAUCAUCUUCAACGAGAUGUGCGACAAGGCGGACAAGGAUAACGAGGACGAGGCGAAGGAGGACGUGAAGGAAGGCGGCAGAAAGUGCAAGAGGUUUCUGAAGCUGCUGCGCGGCAACGAGAGGGACCUGAAGCUCGACGUGGAGGCCGCCCACAGCUAUGCCGAGAGGUUCGCCGGCGGCGACACGGCGGUGUCGACGCCGAAUCAAAUCAAGGUCGAGACUAGAAAUAGAUUCCGCUGCCUCCGAUCCAAACCCGUUGACGUAGAAGAGAAGAAGGUGGAGCCCGAAGUCAGCGAACGGAGUGUGUUGAUAAACGAGGAGAGUCUACGCGCGCAGUCGCCGAGAACGCAGAGCUUGAGAGAGAGAGAGAUCUUUCACGACACGUUCUCGUUUUUAAUUAAGCUGGGAAGCACGGAACGGAAUUGUCGCCGUCAGAUGAGUCACGAGGAGACCAGGUGGCAGAACGAGCUGAAGGACUUGAUAUGGCUAGAAUUGCAGGCGCAUCACGCGGACCGCAGUCUGAUGGCGCAGGACGAGUAUCUGUGCCGCCAGCGGGAAGCAGUGGAGGGUUUGCUUUCGGAAAUAAUGCAGUACAGAUACGAAUCCACCACGGACGCGCAAGAGGGAGGCUCGAGUUGCGUCAGCCCCGGCGACGUUACGAGCGAUCGAUCCACAAAUUCCGGUUUGAGCCCCAAUGUUGAACUGGGCGUAUGUUCGGGUUGCCUUUCCAUGUACUGUCGUGCAUGCGCCCGCGCGCAGGGGGAAGCGUUACAGCAGGUGGAAGGUCUGCUGGCUCGCCUGGAGACUGCGGAGGCCCUGUAUCCGUCCUCCCACGCGUUCGCCGUUAACUACCCGUUGUACAAGAGCCCGGAGUUCACCGACAGGGUGAAGGCCAUGUGCCUCUGGUACAACAUGACAAAGCACCAUCGAUUCAAGUUGCAGAUACUCGGCAGAUUGCUCAUGAUGCUGCACGGCAAGAAGAAAGAAAGACAGGAUGAAUUUAACGACUCUGGCAUCAGUUCGCGAUCUUCAGAUACUUUCGAUUCUGCGGAGCGACAAUCCAUGGUGCGAUUUGAAUUGCCUCAACAGGACGAAACUUCUAGCCCGUCCGACAGCAAUAACAGCAACAAUUCCUCGAUCGGGGGUUUAUCAUUUAUGUCGCAAUCACUGCCACCUACUCCCGAAACCACGUUCGCGUAUUUUGAAGAUGAAAGAAUCGAUCGACUGGAUUUCUACUUGGUCGAAUUUGAUCGACACGCUUAUAGAAAAUACAUUGAGGAUGUAUUGAAAACGAGAGGUCUCAGAAAGAGUUUGAAUUUCCUGGAUCGACUACAUACGUCUAUAUUGAGAAAGGCAAGAUUAACUUUGGAGAAAAAUGACUGUGAGGAGUGCGAUAGUAGUGCGAAUGAAGAAUACGAGGGUGACAGAGAAUUGCGACGGUAUGGUACUUGGAGUACUGAAGCGAAGGAAUUGAGUUUACCGUCGUACAGGGCGGCUUUUGUGUUUCUCUCGCGCGUGCCUCUAGACGUGGUCCAUGAAUUUUUAAGGAUGAGAUUGGAGCAGAAGCCGGAGCAGCCGAGCCCGUUGUCGGUCCGGCAGCUCAUGCGGGAGUUGCGCGAGGGCCUCAGAAUUGCUUGCAUCCAUCGUGAUCGGUUCGCCGCACAGUCUCGUGCCAUAGGCAGCGAAGAAGCCGGUUGCGAAAAUCUGUUCGAGGAGGACGUCAAGUGCUUCGACGAGAGUCUAAGAGCCGUGUUCGAGGUAUACCUGGAUUAUCUUCAGCAGUGGGUGGACAUGGUGCAACACGAUAGCUUUCACAAAAAUCUGAUUAUGGAUGAGUGGUUGUUUGUCAAAUCCAUUGCUGGGAAUAUAAGCGAUGGAUACAAAAUUGCUGGCGUGAAAUUUUAUAAGAUUGCGCAAACGAUGAUCAAACAAGUGAAUGAAUUUCUCGUCGAACGAAUUCGCGAGAUCCGAGAGAAUGCGAAUAGCGAAGAACAGGAGGACGACGAGGGAAGCAAAUUCCACCGUAUGAUGUUUGUGGGUCGCGAGUGGCAAGGAAUGUUCGUGGAGACUCGGGAGAAGAUUGUGAAGAGUAUCAAUCUAGCCAAAUGCUUGAAGUGCGACAUCCAGAAGUGGCCCGUCUCUGACCAGGAGUUAGAAGAAUCAUUAAAGCUGUUGAAGAAUACAAUUCUGGAUCUGAGAUGUCGCAUAACAAUGGUGAUCGAGGACUUUCACAACGAAGCCAACGAGGUGGAGCAAUCGAACACCGAGAACGAUCACUUACGAUCGAGAAUCCGCGAGAUCCUCCAUCAAGCUUACAGGAUGGGCUUCGAUUUUCACAAGGAGAUGUGCAAGCUAUUCUCGCUGGAAGAGAAGGCCAUUCUGGCGCAGGGCUUAGUAUCGUUUGCGCUACUGUGGAUGGAAUUUGUGAGAACGCGAUGCGAGCGUGGUCGCGGUUUGAGGCCCAGAUGGGCGAAUCAAGGCCUGGAAUUUUUAAUAACGGUGUGCGAGCCCUACAACACGAAGCAUCUCACUGACCAAGAGUUCGAGGAGUUGAAGAGGUGCAUGGAUCGCUGCAUAUCUCAUGUGGUUGGGACCGUCUCAGUUUCAGGAGCGACGCAAGAAACAGAAAACCUAAGAAGAUUAUCGCGAUCGAGAGCUUCAUCGCCAUGCCAUGGUCGCACUAGAACCGCGAGUAUCAGCAUCUCUCAGAAGCCGCGGGACGCUUUGAAGUCGCCCGAGCUUUCGGCCAGCGCGAAGAAAAGUAAUUCGCCGAGCAUGGUCGACGGAAAUCUCACAGUGAUAAUAAACACGCCCGAGCGAAACAUGCUGAGGCACGAGAGGAUUAUCCAGGCCGUCAGGAAAAUGGAGAGUGAGCUCGACGAAAGAUUGCGGAGCCGAGAGCUUAUCGGACAAGUCAUCGACAGGAAAGCAGUGGAUAGAGUUCACGUCAAAGCGAGACGAGUUACGUUCACGUGGCAACGUGGUAUCAAAAUAGGUCAGGGAAGAUUUGGCAAAGUGUAUACCGUAGUUAACAAUCAAACCGGUGAAUUGUUGGCCAUGAAAGAGGUGCAACUGCAACCUGGCGAUCACAGAGCGAUCAGGCGUGUGGCCGAGGAAUUGCAGAUAUUCGAAGGAAUUCAGCAUCAGUAUUUAGUGCGAUAUUACGGGCUAGAAAUUCAUCGUGAGGAGAUGCUGAUCUUCAUGGAAUUUUGCGCAGAGGGGACUCUCGAGAGCUUGGUGGCGGGUAGCGGCAAUGGCUUGCCAGAAGCUUUGGUCAGAAAAUACACUCAUCAGCUCCUUUCGGCUGUGGCAGCACUGCAUUCUCACGGAAUAGUUCAUCGCGAUAUUAAAACUGCAAAUAUUUUUCUAACAGAUGAAGGUAACUGUUUGAAACUCGGCGACUUCGGUAGCGCAGUGCAGAUUAAAGCACAUACAACUAUGCCUGGGGAACUUCAGGGCUUUGUUGGUACUCAAGCUUAUAUGGCACCAGAAGUAUUCAUGAAAUCUGAAAGUAGUGGACACGGUAGAGCUGUUGAUAUCUGGUCGGCCGGUUGCUGCAUCAUCGAGAUGGCUAGUGGGCGACGGCCCUGGUCGGAUUAUGAUUCAAAUUAUCAAAUUAUGUUUAAGGUUGGAAUGGGAGAAACACCAACACUUCCGAAAAAUCUUUCCGCGGAAGGUGUAGACCUCGUGAAGAAGUGUCUUCAACACGAUCCAAAGAAAAGAUUGACUGCACAUAAUCUCCUCGCGCACUCUUUCGCGCGUGGAGAAUACGAGGAUGUUAACGCCGAUUUAACGAUGCCACGAUACUAAGAUUAGGAAGAUGUAAAUACCACCUCACGAAUUUCAAAUUUUUAAAUAUAUUAAAUAAAUAUAAAAAAAAUUAAUUAAAUAAUUUUCUCGUGGAUCAAGCAAGAUAUACUAUAAGAAUCAGAAUAAGAAUCAAAAUCAAUCAAUCGCGGUAAAAUCACCGAGAAACAAAAUAUUCAGACGAAGUUUAUACGACUUUCUUUAGAGAUAAUAUUCAUGUUACAUUCUACAUUUCUUGCAGUACACGAUCUCCGUCAGAGAUGCAAAACUGGUAUUUGUUGCAUUGUGUUUGCAUAAGUUGCUGGUCUUCUGAGUAAUUGAAUUAUCAAUUCAAUCAAUGUGUUUUAUUCAGCUUCAACGACACUGUUUAAACAUAAUAGCCUGUUAAUAUUAUGUAAAGUAACAGUCUGUAAUAUUUGCAGUAGACUAUAAAGGAACAAGGGCAGUCUGAAAAUAUUUUAUCCACUGACAAAACCAGUGUAAUAUAUAAAUACUAUUGUGAUCACGUUACUUAAGCAUAAUUGUACAAUGCAUUCCAGAGUACACUUUCUUUCCAUUACAAUUGGUAAAUGAUAAGGCUAUAAAGAUUUAACUAUUAAAAAUUUUUAGCACUAAAAAGUUGUAAAAUAGAUUUUGAUGUACAUAGAUAUGCAACAUGUAAAUAACAAAAUUUAGUUAAUUUGAAACAAAUUUUACAAAAUGACCCCAAUAGAAUCUUCGUAGAUUCAGUGAUAAAGAUAUUUAAUGAUAAAGAGUGAAAAUGUCACUAUUAAUAGUGAAUUUAAUGUUUGUGGAUAAUAAAUUCAACUGUAGUUUCACACCAGGAUUGUCUGGUGGAAAGAAAGUGCAGCUUUGAAGUAUCCUCUAUGUCUAUUAUGUGAUUUAAGCUAUACUAUAAGUUAGCUAUAGAAAUUAAGUGCAAUAAUUCAAGCUAAAAGAAAUUGUAAGACACCGAAAGCAGUCUACGUAAUUGAUUCAAUUGUUAUACAUGACCGCAUAUACAAUUUUUUAUUCAGUCGACUGGUACCAUAUGUUUAUAAGAAGUACGUAGUUUAAAUAUAUAAGGAUCACAGACGUAUGAUGUCUAUGAUGAGUAUGCAAUGGAGAGAAAUACACAUUUCUUUCCAUUUUUAUCUGAAAAUAUAUACAAAUAUACAAAUAUAGUUUUAUAACAUUUGCAUUUAUCGUUUUAUAAGCUUUAGCAUAGUGCUGUGUAUUUCUUAUAAAUGUAUGACUGGUACAAACGAUAGAGUCAAGAUACUUUACAUUCCGAGGAUUCAGGGUUGGGUAGUGUCUAGUUAAAAAGAUAAAAGUUAAGUUACAAUUUAAAAAAUUAAAAUAAUUUGAACUUAGUUACUUUAUAGACUGUCAACUUUUAACUGAAUUUAGUUACAUUUUAUCGGUAACUUUUAACUUUUCAUUUACCUCUCUUAGGCCCGAUUUUUCAUUUUCUAGUUAACCAUUUUCUGGUUAAAGUUAGCCAUGCCAUAAACAAAGGCGUCGCGAGACGCCGCGAGUCUGCCUACAUUGGCAGUCUGUGUUCCAAAAUUCACUGCCAGCGCUAAAAAUCUACAGUACACGUUACGUGCACUAUACAUCUUCAGCGCUGGCAACAAAUCUUGGAACACAGCCAUUAUAUGGGGCUUUGAUUCUCGAACCUACGUGAAAUUGUUUGCAUAUGAAAUGGGUCAUAUUCCGUUAGUGUGAUUGAUUGUCCAAACGCUGGUCGUGAAAUUCAAUGCAAUUUACGUGAUCGUGAGUCUCUGAGAUUUUAUGUAAAAAUAAAACAUUUAACUUUUAACUUUUUAAUUUCUUCUCAUUAUUAACUUAACUUUUAAUUCUAUUAAUUGUAUUGUGGAUUAACUUGUAUUUUAACUAAGUUAAAUUUUCAAGGCUGUUAACUUUAACUUAACUCAGUUAAAAAAAACAACUUACCCAACCCUGCGAGAAUUAUAUUCACAUCUUACCUCAAUUAGUAUUAAACGCGGCUGUCCGCGACUCUCACAUGAAACUUCACAUUGUCACCUUGGUUGUUUAGGCGUUGGUGUUUAGUGCUAGUUGUGCGGUCUAUAAAGAGAGGUGUGAUUGAUUAUAAGCGUCGUUCUUAAGGCACCUUUUAAGGUACAAUAGUGGCAGCUUCGAGCAUGCGUGUGUAAUGCCUAUAUUAUACAUAUAAUUGUUUCGUAGAACGAAAUGACUUGUUACUAUUAUAAAAUGGAUAUUCUAUUUUAAAUAAAAAGACGAACAAUAAAGAAUAAA